CUUUUGCUAACUUCGCCGUCGCUGCCAAUUGCUACCAGUAAUUGGACGUAUUUAAACGAAAAGUCCUUGUCCCCCACCCUUUAGCUCCUCUUCUUUCUCUUCAAACAUACCCUGACUAAAUUCUUCCACUCCACGUCUUCUCCUAGUUACUCUCAACUUACCCUUCAAACUCUCUCAUGAGCAACAGGAGUCAUGUUAGCUUGGACGUGCGAGAAUGCACUAAGGCUACUCCUACUCUCAGUGGUCCUGCUGCCUCUCCAUUAUAGGAGGGAGUAAUGGCCUCAAAUCCUGAGCAUGGAGACCAAAGUGAUCAUCUUGGUUCUCUCGAGCCAAGGCAGGCUGACAGUGAAGGCCCAGAUAAGAACAUUUAUGAGCAGUCAAAGAGCGGGGUGAUCUCAGUUAUAGAUCCAAGACGCUAAUUACUCUUCGGAAAUAGCGCAUAGAUGGUACUUCAAGGAAAAUCUUAACAGAUUCCCAGCGACGAGCUCAACCAUGGCCGCAUUAUCGAAUAAUAAGUCGCUUCUCUGUUCGAUCGAACGGCUCCCGCCAGUGACGAUCGAUGCUUCAAAAAGACUUAUAAGCUGGAGUCUUGAGAUGGACAAAGUCCCUGCUAGACGAUACGACAUCUUCCUAGGAAUUUCCACAGCUGAGCUCAAUAUCGAUAGGACAGAAUCAGUUGAAUCCCACCAAAUUUCUAACAACUCUGUUAUAGGAAAAGAGAUCAUUUCCAAGCGCCAGCUUCGCUUACUAUCGACGUCGUGCACAGGGAUUUCCUGUUGGAAAUUACACUAUCAGCUUCAAAAGCUUAAUGACUCUGAUGAUGACAAGGACGACAACGUACGGGGAUCUUUCCUGAAGAUCAGAACGAAGACAGACGCGGAGUCUCAUUCCUGUAUCUUCCCAGGGUGCAUAAAGUUGGAGUUCAUGGGGAUUCACCCAUGUCAUUUCAAAAAUAACACUCUCCAAGAUAUUAGUCUCUGCAUACAUCGGCCUUUCCUUUGGUCAAUUGAUACGGAUAUCAUGGACGACUAUGCUGACAAAAGCCUGUCGUAUCAACCCAAAAAAGUGCUAGGGUUUGACAUCUCUGGCAACAAAACGCACGCUGUGACCCUGUCGGGCACAAGCUCCGACCUGUGCAUAGAUCUAUGGAAGCCGAAGGAACACCUAUCUUUCGAGCGAUUUGUAACCAUAAUACCCGCGUCACCUUUCGGGAGAUGGAUACCUGAACAAGACAUGGACGAGGGCGCGAAUCCUAUUGCAAUUCUUGUCGAGAAGGCUAAGACAGAGCCUCGAGCCAUGGGACUCGUAAAAGUCUUUGUCGAUUACUGCAUCCGCCAGGCACGACUCGAAAAAAGCCCACAUUUCAUAUUACCAGUCUUGCAGUGUCUGCAUAGUUUGGUUGACGAGAAGCAACUGCACUCCGAGCUUGCCUUGACUACUCUGCGGAGCCUUGCUUAUGCUCCUGUCAAGGACCGACCAUUCAUUAUCGGACGCCACUCCAUCGCUCAUCCUCCAGAGCUUAGACUGAAGUUCUGGAAGUCCAAUACUCGACCUCUUUAUAAGUGCGAUGACCCAGUACUACAACUGGUUCAUACUCCAAAUGUCCAUAAUCCUCAAAACGACAAUUUUACGCGGUCCUUAUUUAUCGCUGAUUUUCGCAUGAUUUGGCAUGUCAAGGACAGGAGUCUUAGAUUAUUUUCGGAAAUAUCUCCUAUACAGCCUGCGAAAUGGACUUCUUGGCCACGAAUCCUUUUUUACAUGAUCGUUCACAAGUGCAAUCUCAAGAGCAACACAGUCGUUAAGUGCCAUGACUUUGCUCUGGAGCCGCUUGACAACCCUGACCUCGCUGCGUUGAUCGAGUACAAAUGGAACACAAUCGGGUUCAAGUACUGGCCACUGCGGUUCCUCUGCCAGUGCUGCUACUACGCAUUGGUACUCGUGGCGGUGUUCAUUCAGGUUUAUGGCCCAAAUAGAAGACCUCUUGUUGGAGUGUUUGUUGCCAUAACUGCUGGAUCCUUCAUAUUCCUCUGGCUGGAGCUGGUCCAGGCCUUCAAGGGAUGGAAGCGAUACUUUGCGUCGAUUUAUAACAUCGUGGAUUUGGUCACAUUCGGGUUCACCAUGGCAGCAAGCAUCGUUCAACUCGUCGCCAUGCUGUCAUCAUCAGACUCCCUCCCGGCGGGCGGUGCGGAGCAAAUCGAAAGGACACCAGAGGGAAUCAGAAGUGGUCUUCUAAGCUUCUCUGUGCUAUUUAUCUCACUUCACUUCUUGUUUGAGCUUCGUGUAAGCAAAAGUGUGUCCAAUUACGUGACAAUCACCAUUAUGAUCAUCAGCCGGAUUCGCGUGUUCUUCUUUAUCUUCUUUGGUGGGAUCUUGGCCUUCACCACUGCCAUUCUGCAUCUGCUUCACGCGUGUUCGUUUGAAAGUUGCAAGGAUCUGGGCCUGAGUUUUCCGAGGCACUUUUACUAUGCCAUAUCUUCGACGUACUUAUUCAUGGGCGGCCGAUAUGAUCCAAUUAGCGAUAUUCUCAACGACCAAGAACAUCCAAACUGGCCUUUCCACAUGGUGAUGAUCAUUUACUUUUUCUUCACAGUUAUUUUAAUGCUGAAUGUUCUUAUCGCAUUGAUUAAUGUCGCGUUCACCGCCGGCGACGAAACUUGGGUUCAAGCCUGGCUCCAGUACCGGCUUCAGAUCAUCCAGAGCGCAGAGAACUUAACAUAUCACAUACCAG